AAAUGCAUACGGAAACAGAUUUUGGAUCUCGGCUUCUGAAAUGGAGACGGAGAAAGGACUGCCGGCCGUCGCGAAAGAGGAGGAGGGAGCCGGCGGCGCGGGGCGGAGGGAGAAGCUGUGUCGGCGGUGCAAGCGUGCGUACGACGCUGCCUCCAAUACGACUUCCUCGUGCCGGUUUCACCCUUCCUUCUUCGUCUGUCGCAGGCACGACGACCAGAAGAGGUACUACGAGCUUGGUCCGAAUGAUCCACCUUAUGCUGCCAAAUUCUACGACUGCUGCGGAGCUGAGGACCCAGAUGCAGCCGGCUGCACCACUGAUUUCCAUAUUUCCUACGACGAUGAGUGAACAUUCCGCAUAUGUAAAAAGGAAUGAGUGAAUGUUCCGCUUUUGAUGUAUUUUCUUCGUUCAUAUUUAAGUUUAUAUGAAUGCUUUUUUGCUUGUCUAAUACUGCAGAUGGUUAUAGAAAUUCCCUGUUUAAUACCUAAUUGACAAACAAACUGGUUAUCUAGUUCGGAAAUAAUUUUUUUAAAAUUUGUGGAAAUGUAAGAAAGUGAUAGAAAGCAAA